AAGUUAGUUGCUUUGUUAAUUUAAGGAUUAAUGGUUUUAUAGGAACUUAAGUUAGUUGCUUUGUUAAUUUGGGUAAUGAACUUUGUCUGGAAAUCAAGGACUGGUUAAUGAAGUUAGUUGAUUUGUAGCUUUAUUUUUGUUUUUGUAUGGUCUAAUGCAAAUCCUUUUUUUAUUAUGCCAUGUCGUCGUUGAUAAUCGCGAGUUGUGUAAUUUUAUGUUGUUCUUUCUCCUCCUCCUUCAGAUUGGAAAAAUUGGGAGCCUUAAAAUGGGACAAGGUAGUGCAUGGCAAUCAAGCGUGGAGGCUUAUCACUUGCAUCUGGGCACUGCACGGUGUUAUUCAUCCGCUUGCAAACAUGUUGAGCUUGAUCUUCAUUGGAAUUCGCCUUGAACAACAAUUUGGAUUCAUCGUUAUCUUCCCUUUUGUUGGUAGCGUACUAUCGUCUCUUUUCAUUCAACGUAGCAUUUCAUUGUGCCUCGGUGCUUUAUGUGGCCUUCUUGGAGUAAUGUUGUCCAGACUCUUGACUAAUUGGACUAUCUAUACAAAUAAGGCUGAAGCUCUGAUCACACUCACGGUCAGCAUUGUCAUUAACUUAGCAGUGGGGAUUUUUCCUCACGUCGACAACUUUGCGCAUAUUGGAGGUUUCUUAACCGGUUUUCUCCUCGGGUUCGUUUUGCUGCUUUGUCCCCAAUUCGGGUGGGUGGGACGUAAACAUCUUCCUGCCGGUGCUCGUGUAACAUCUAAGCAUAAAGCAUACCAAUACCUAUUUUUGGUGAUAACUAUGGUUUUACUCAUUGUUGGUUUCACAGUGGGGUUGGUAAUGCUGUUUAGAGGAGAGAAUGGACAUGACCAUUGCAUUUGGUGCCAUUAAGAGUGUGUUCCUACAUCAAAAUGGCACUGUGGGAACUAAGCAGACCUUUAUUACAUAUCGUUCACUGAUUCUUUUCUGGUUUCCAUUUUUUACAUUUGUUAAUUUCUUGGUGUUGUUAUGUGCCUAUGUGUAUAUAUAUACAUACAUACGUACAUGGUUAGUUUUUAGACUUCGAGUUAUUUUAUUCACUGUUGUUAUGUGAUUUGACAUUUUAUA